ACUCCGGUAAAAGGUAACGGCACUCCAUGCAGUUAUGCCGGCCACAUGACCUUGGAGUUGUCUUCGCCUUAGAAAUGGAGAUGAGCCCCAACCCCCGGAGUCAGACACAGCUAGACUUAAUGUCAGGGGAAAACCUUUACCUUUACCUAUGCAGAAUAAGUCUCUCCACAACUUCAGAAAUAUAGCACAAUAAGGAGAUUGGUCUAUAGCAGGCAUAGGCAAACUUUGGCCCUCCAGGUGUUUUGGACUUCCAACUCCCACAAUUCCUAAUACCUGGGGGGCUGGAGUUUGCCCAUGCCUGGUCUGUAGCUUUUUGGAUCAUUAUGUUCUUUGCCUGAUAAAAUCUCAAUAAAUUAAAGUGCAUUGUAAGUGUAAAAUGAUGACGAAGAUGUUAUGUUAAAAAUGAUAUGCUUCAGUCAACAGAACGUCUAGACCCUAGCUAUAAAUGCCCAGUCCCUAUUAUUUAUUUUAUUUAUAUCCUGCCUUUCUCUACCCCGAAGGGCACUCAAGGCAGCUUACAAACAGCACUUCUACAGUGCCUUGGGAAUAAAAACAUAAACUUGAAAUAAAAAUUAGAUUAAAAUUGAUACAUAUACUGUAUAGAAGCAUAAUUAAAAUACAUUCAAAUGUUAAAACAUGUCCCUAGGUUCCCUGAUAAUAUUUUGUUAUCUGCACUUCAUCCAAUACCCUAUGUUACGCUGUUUGCACUAUCCCACGUCCAGUCCUUUUAUAGUCUGGUCAUUCCCAUUGUGCUACUGGUUAUUGGUUUUCCUGAGCAUGGUUUGGACUGAAUCCCAACGCAGCCGUUUUAUAUUGAUGUUUUAUUUUAAUUGUGUUUUUUAUCUGGAUUGUUAUAUUUCAUUAUGUUUUUAUUUUAUCUGUGUCAUGCUUUAAUGGAUGUUUUGUAUUUUUGUCUUGUGAGCAUUUUGUCCCAUAAGUAAGCUGUCCUAAGUUCCUUUGGGGAGAUGCUCUUUGACCUUGUAAAACUAGAACUCCCAGAACUCCACAGCAUUGAGCCAUGGCAGUCAUAGCGGUGUCAGAUUGCAUUAAUUCUACGCUGUAGAUGGGUUCCAGAAGUGUUUCAGAAAGUGAGAAACCAAGGGAAAACAAUAGUAAAAAUAUAAUUUGAGAAUCAGAAGAGAGAAUUAUAGGUUGAGCAUCCUUUAUCUGAAAUGCUUAGGAGCAGAAGUGUUUUGGGUAUUGGAUUUUUUUGGCAAUAUUGGAAUAUCUUAGUAGCUGAAUGAGGAUUCAGUCAUUAAUACUAUGUAACAAAAUUUGAAACAUUUUCUGUUCCUGGUUUGAAAGUACUAUUUCCUGUUUAAUUGUGCAGUACAGUAGAGUCUCACUUAUCCAACAUAAACGGGCCGGCAGAACGUUGGAUAAGCGAAUAUGUUGGAUAAUAAGGAGACAUUAAGGAAAAGCCUAUUAAACAUCAAAUUAGGUUAUGAUUUUAAAAAUUAAGCACCAGAACAUCAUGUUAUACAACAAAUUUGACAGAAACAGUAGUUCAAUACGCAGUAAUGUUAUGUAGUAAUUACUGUAUUUACAAAUUUAGCACCAAAAUAUCAUGAUAUAUUGAAAACAUUGACUACAAAAAUGCGUUGGAUAAUCCAGAACGUUGGAUAAGCGAGUGUUGGAUAAGUGAGAUUCUACUGUACUUACUUUGAAAGUACAGUAGAGUCUCACUUAUCCAAGCUAAACGGGCCAGCAGAACCUUGAAUGUUGUUUGUCUGUUGGCAUUGAAUGUUUGCCAUAUAUGUGUUCAUUGUAAUCCGCCCUGAGUCCCCUUCCGGGUGAGAAGGGCGGAAUAUAAAUACUGUAAAUAAAUAAAAUAAAUAAAUACAAACACAACCCUGUACAAGAUGCUUCAACAAGAAGAUGGGAAAUGUUCAAGACACCAUGACAAAGUUGAAAAACCAACUCAUGUGGAUGGACUCUGGCCUAUAUGCCAACAUUUCCCUUCCUCUUCAUUAUAUCAGUCCAUGUUCCUUUUGAUAAGCCACUCAAACUAGGCUCCUCGGGAAGUGUGCCUUGCCGAUAGGGCUUGGGAUAACUAUUCUUGGCCUUCCUUUGGUGCCUCAGCAUUGUACUUGGAAAACGAAGCAAGUAUAGCCUUGCAGUUGUAGGAAGACAGCAGAAGUGCCUGGCUGGAUCAUGGCAAAGGGAUGUCUCCUCGAUUAUUUUGUUCCCAGUGGUGAAAAGCCAAAAGAGUUUCCUGUAAAGAUGAGUAAAAGUGUUUCUCAAAGUUCUCCAGGAGUUGCUGUUUCGGUUCUGGUUGCUAUUGUCUUAUGUUGCAAAGUCUGUGUUGGAGAAACCAUCUACGCAGAGAAAGGUUCAUCGCCGGAGCUUCCAUGUCCAUGUCCGUCUUGCUCUGGAGAUCUCACCAGGGCAGUGUCCUGGUACUUUGACCACCAAGGCCAUACAACACCUCUCUUUCAAAAACUGGAGAGCAGUCAUGUGAUAAAGCGUCUCCCAUCUUCCUGGGAUCGUCUUGAAGUGCUUCAGAAUUACGCCCUUCGCUUUCGCAACCUCACAGAUAAUGAUACUGGACGAUACUGGUGUGAAUUGGGCAAUUACUAUGACCUUUUGGUUGUCACUGGCAGAAAGCUAAUUUUGGAGAGCAAUGAGACCAAUACUACAUGCUAUGUCUUGAGUUGCUCCAUCUCAGGCAAGAAGCUACUCAGGGAUGUGGGCACUUGGUGGGAAGGUGGAGAACAAAUCCAGCAGGAAGACAAAGAGGAGAGACACAGCGUCUUCAGAGGGCAAAGAGCAACACAACUGCACAUUUGCUUAGAAAAAGAGACCAAGGAGAGGAAAGUAAAAUGCCAGUUUCCUCUGAAGACAGAGAUCAUCUUCACUUUGACUGUGAAUGAAGAGGCUCUUGCUAGCAGGUUGCUGCCUAUUUCACAGGCAAAAGACUGUUUGUUGACUCAAUGUCUCGAAAGCAGAGAAAAUGGAGGGCCCUGGAUACCACUGGCUGUUUGUGUUGCAUUGCAGUUUUUCAUUAUAUUUGCUCUGGGGAUGAUACUCUGGAGAAGGAUCUGCAGGGAGAAACACGAAAAGCAUCUCAAAGGGCUCCAGAAAGAUGUUUCUAAGCCAGUGUACAAAGCACAAGUCUAUGAGAAUGUCAAGAACAGAUCAGAAAAGCUGUGACAAAGGGAAAAUUCGGCUUCAGACUGAGUCAAUCAAUCCUGGACCACACCCAGCAACUUUGAAAACAUGGUCAUAUUUUUCUUUCCCAGUUUAAAUUAUUUUCCUCUGGAUCUCUUUGUGAAUAUUCCAGUGAGGAAUACCCUCCUAAAGAUCUAAACAAAUCUUUCCCAUUCAUCUGAUUUGUGAAUGUGUUGAACCUAGUGCCAUUGGAAACUACCUAGACUUGCACCAACCUACAAAAUGCAAAAAAAAAACACCCUUCCAAACUCUAAAAAUGAAACCAGUCCACUAUUGGGAUACACUUGUAGUUUUGAGAGAAAAUUGCUCACUGAAAGGAAUGUUGUAUUCUUUUCCUGCUAAUUUUGGGGGAUGGUUGUGGAAGAUCAGAAAGAGCCUUAUGUCUUAUGUUUUAAUGGUCUUAAUUAUUUUACUCACAGUUAUAUGUUUAUUGUUUAGAUAUUAUGAUGUGGUUUUUACAUGUAUAUUGGCAUUGAAUUUUGCAAUUAUUAUGUUGUAAACUGCUUUAGUCCUCUCAGGGGUGAGAAAAGCGGUAUAAAAAUGCAGAAAAUAAAUAAUAUCCCCACCCCCAACUUGGGCUGCACACAAGAAAUAGUCUUAAUAAAACCCAUAUGAAGGAAAUAUAAUUCUGUAGGUCUAGGGCUACAUGUAGAGUUAAUGUAGUUUAACACUCCUUUAACUACUAUGGUGCAAUGCUAUAGAAUCCUGGGAUUCAUAGUGUAGCAAAGCACAUAUACUCCUUUACAGAAAAGGCUGAAAACCUCAUCAAACUACAACUCUCAUGAUUCUGUACCAUUAAGCCAUGGUAGUUCAAGUGGUAUUGUUAUAGAAACCCUGGUAACCCAAAGAGAACCUCAAAACCCAGAGUUAUGGAAGAGCAAAGCCCAAGAUUUUCUUUCACUCAGAAACCUAAUUUAGGCUAAAUCCACAGAUGAUUUUUAGCCUGGACACACAGGUUCCGUAUAUACACAGUCACAGGGGGAAUAUAGGAAAUCCUAUCACCCUUCAGACUGCAAGCAUAAUCCUCUAACAAUACCUUUGCCUUCCUAACAAUGGAGCCCAGCCAAAGGUUGCAGAAGUUACUCAACACCCAGACAGAUCCUCUUUUUGGAAACCCAUUCAAACUAUGCCAACACCCUUGUCACCCAUUGUUUAACUGGUCAAGAACCAUUGUUUUAUUCUGGGUUAGACAGGAAUUGAGCUAUUAGCACCCAUCAAUUCAAAUUCUACCCACAUUCUUUACCUUCAUGCACCCAUGAGAGUAGGGACCAAGAAACUGCUACAAAACUUCAAAUUGAGCAAGGACAAUUUAUUAAAGUUCCUGCCAGACUCAAGAACUAAGUAGCGGCGGCAGCAAUGACACACAGUGCGUCUCAACCAAACAGCAGUGGAAUCCUAACUGGCCCCAAAUUAAGUCAAUCAGCACUCAGAGUGGCAAAAUUCCUUUGUUUUGAACUGCUGUCUGUGGCAUGUCAGUUUUUGGGAGCCCAGACCCUGCUGGCAUCUAUUUUGGCGAAGUGAAUAAAGCCUCUGUGCCUUUUCCUUCAAUCCAUUUGUGUCUCAUUCGAUUUUUGAAGCUAGGCACGCUGCGCCCUGAACACACGAUUUUAGCUGAGCUGAAAUCACAUAACAAUACCAAAUUGCAUUAGUUCUACAGUGCAGAUGCACCCUAGAUGUAUAAUUAUGAACAGUGAGACAGCUGUCUGAGGCUGCAGAUAGCGGAGAGCAGAUACCAGGUAUUGGAGGAUGGUAUGGGUGAUAUGCAACCUGCUCACAUGUGGUCCCUCAGGUGUGUUGCUUUCAAAUAUAGAAUUAUAGAUUUGGAAAACACCCCAAAGGACAUUGAGUUCAAUCCCAUUCUGCCAUACAGGAAUACACAAUCAAAACAUUCAUGACAGUUUGCCAUUCUUCUUCUGUAUACAAAUCACCAGAGAAUAAUCCACCACACCCUGAGAUGAUGUAUUCAACUGCUGAAGCAGCUCUUGCUAUUGGGAAGUUCUUCCUAAUAGUCAGUUGAAAUCUCUUCCUGUAGUUUGAAUUAAUUGCUUCAUAUCCUAAUAUCUGUAGCAGCAGAAAACAAGUUUGUUUCCUCUGCAAUAUUCCAUCUUUUCAAAUAUAUCAACAUGGCUAUCAUGUUCUCUCUCAAACUUCUCCAAACUAAACAUACCCAGCUCUCUAAGCUGAUUCUGAUAGUGCUUAGCUUCCAGCCCUUCUUUGAACAUGCUCCAGAUCUGAUUAAAGCCGAAUAUAUUGUUACUAUUACUUCCCUUGUUGUAGAUGUUAUCCUAGUAUGGAAGAUGUUGUUCCACCACCGCUGUUGCAGAAAAAUGCAACAUUCCUCCUAGUUGUCUACAUGUGAAUGGAAUAGGAGAAACUGGAACUCAUGACUCAGGCAGCAAAAUGACUAAAGCUAGCCUUAUAAAUGAGUUGUGUAAAUGUGUCAGAUUGAAAUACUGGCCACCCUUGGGUAUGGACCACUUCUUUCUCAUGAAAUAUUCUCCAUUUACAGAGUUAUUUUUUAGAUUUGUUUCUGGCUCAAAAUUUAUAGAAAGAAACACUUGGUAACAUUAAUCUGCGUGUGACUUUUUUGUUCAAUUGUAGCCUGUCACCAUCAUGAAAUAUACCCCUUUGAAACUGUGUCCAUAUUUUAGAAGCACCCUGUAAAUGAGUGGAUUUAUUACUGUGUUUUUAAAAGGUUUAAUAGAGACUGCCAAAUGGAGAAAGUGAAUCAUGGCAUUGUGGAAAUGUUUUCUUUUAAAAACCUCUCCCUCAGCCUUUUCUGCUUCAAUGUAAACCACCCCAUCCCCUCCCUGAAAUUAUUUUUCAUAUGUGGGAAAGCAUAUAACUUUGGUAACCUUUGUGUUUUACCCUCAAAGGAGAAUAUGCUUUUAAGCAGGCAAUGCUGUUUAAGCAGGCUUUUAACAGUUAAGCGGGGGGGGGGGGGGGGCAGUUAGAUUGGAUGUUUUAUUUAUGUUUUGUUUGCUUAUAAAAUGAUUGAAAUAAAAUGGUUUGAGUUGUGUUUAAAUCAUAUUGGGAAUGUAUUUAAAUCGUCUGUCUCCUGGAGCUGACCGUCACACAGUUGGAGAAAAGCUGCAUACAAUUGAAGAGAGAGAGAAAGGGGUGGUCACACCAAAGAGGCUUGAACAGAAUAGCGUCAAGGACUGCAUGAGAUCAGGUUGAGGGUCAGAUAUAUCCCUAAGGCCAGAAACCCCCCACCUCUGAAAUGUGGUCUCAGGUUGCCAAGUUGUCACCAUGAUGCCAUGCCAAAGUUCAGUGAAGGGCCACUUCUCCGUUCCUUUCAUGCUUCCUUUCAUGCUUCUCUGUAAACUUCUACAGCUGUGAAGUUUGACAGGACAUAAAAAUGUGACAUAAAAAUUUGCACAUGCAUUUUACAUCACUGGAAAUGUCUGUAUUUGGAGGCACUUCCCCAAACACAGUAGACACUCUGUUAACUGGAGUUCCAGGAACUUGAACUCUCAAGCACCUGGGAAAAAAAGUUUUAAGUAAAAUUGCACACUGCAUUCACAAAGCUGUUUUUAUAAUACAGUAAAAUUGUGUGGCAUUAAGGAAAGUUUGUCUUUAUUUGCUUUUAAUUACUGUAUUUCAAUAUUAAUGUCAAGUCAAGGCAGAAUAUGUUGGAAAUAGCAACCUUCUACAAGCCUCCUAUGCUAGUUAUUUGUUAUGUAUAUAUUAGAUUGAUUAUUAUAUUAUAUGUACUAGCUUGAGGCCCUGCAGUGCCCAGGUUGUUAGAAGAAGGCAUUGUUUUUGGAUGUUAGGUAAUAGCACUUAAGUUUGGUCCAGAUCCAACAUUGACUGGGUUCAGUGCUCUCUGGAUAAGGGUGAAUUACAACUCCCAAAUUCCCAAGGCAAUCACCCCCAAACCCUGACAGUAUUCGCAGUUGGCCAUGUUGGGUCUGUGUGCCAAGUUUGGUUCAGAUCUGACGACGGCUGGGUUCAGUGCUUUCUGGAUAAGGGUGAACUACAACUGCCAGAUUCCCAGGGCAAUCACUCCCAAAUCCUGGGCUGGGUUCAGGACUCUCUGGAUAAAGGUGAAUUAUAACUCCCAGAUCUGAGAUCAAUCACCCUAAAAUCAGGCCUGUAUGCACAGUUGGCCAUGUUGGGUCUGUAUGCCAAGUUUGGUCCAAAUUUGACGUCGGCUGGGUUCAGUGCUUUCUGGAUGAGAGUGAACUACAACUCCCAAAAUCCAGGUCCAUUCCCACUAACCCCUGCAAUAUGUUCAUUUGGUCAUGGGGCUUCUCUGUGCCAAGUUUGGUCCCUGUCCGUUGUCUGUGGGGGUCACAUUUUCUCUGGAUGUAGGUGAACUAUAACUCCCAAAAUCAAGGUCCAUUCCCACUAACCCCUGCAGUAUGUUCAUUUGGUUAUGGGGCUUCUCUGUGCCAAGUUUGGUUCCAGUCCAUUGUCGGUGGGGAGUCACAGUAUCAGUGAACGUACUGGAAGUCCCAUCAAGAGUGACAAGUUUGGUCUCUUUCCCAAACCUCUUGUUCAGUUGCGGAUCAAUUCAUCUAUUAACUGUGUGAUAUUGGAAAGAGUAGGAAAGGGUUGAGGGAGAGGCAGUGGGCGGGUUCAUGCAAAUUACGGAACCCUGGGAUGUCCAUUCUGGAGGAAAAACAGAACAUCUGGGACCCCGUAUGAAAGCCUUCACUUGGGUGUGGGGCAGAAUGGUGUUUGUGGAGGACACUGGCAGGGUUUGGGCUACCUGUUCAUGGUGAUCACUAUAACCUGCAUGUCAGUGGAGGGAGGGCCAUUGGUGUCUCCUGCUCAGUGGGAACUAUUGCUGUUUGUGAAGGCAGGAGGCUGUCUGUCUAAGUGGACACCUCCACCACAUACACACAUACAUAUUUUUCACCUUUAUUAUGUGUAUAGAAGAUAGAUAGAAGAUAGAUAUAGAUAUAUUGGUAUGCAGUUUUUCCCUCAAUUCUGGGAGGGACUACAGACCAUGUGACCAGAUCUGGAACUGUUUUGUUCAGUUGAGUAUAGUAUAGUAAUUGGUAUACAUUAGAAGUUAGUUGAGUACAGUAUGCAUCAGAAGAGAGUGUUAGUCUGUAUGUAGCAGAGAAAGGACUGAAACAGAAUGCUUAAAGAACAGACUGUUUAAACUUUGAACCAGUAAACAAUGUACCUGUAUUUUGAAUACAUGAAGUUUUGUAAAUAAACCAACUAUGUUAACUUUUAACAAAAACUA